AUGGAACGGAUGCUUUAUAAAUGGUAUAAACGUCAAAAGAAUCUACCAGUUGGUGGUGAGAUGCUAAAAGAAAAGGCAAAAUUGUUGCACGAAAAACUAGAAGAGGAAGGAGGCUUCAAUGGUAGUUCUGGUUGGCUAGAUGGAUUCAAAUCACGUUUUGGUGUUCGGCUUCUUAAAAUCUGUGGAGAGAAACUAUCAUCCGAUCACAGCGCAGUUGCACCAUUCAAAAAUAAUUUUGCGAAGACUAUCCAUGAGCUUCAGCUAUCUCAGAACCAAAUUUAUAACGCUGAUGAGUCGGGUUUGUUUUGGAAGUUGUUGCCUGAAAAAACGUAUGUGGCUAGAGAAGAAAAAACCUCUCCAGGUAGAAAAGUUGAAAAAGCCAGAAUUACAUUCUUAGCAUGCACUAACGCUACUGGUCUUCACAAAAUUAAGCCGAUGAUCAUUGGAAAAUCCAAAAAACCUCGUUGCUUCAAAAAUUUUGACAUUCCUGUUGAUUACCGUAGCUCCAAGAAUGCAUGGAUGACUACCGAUAUUUUCAAAGAUUGGUUUCAUAACUUAUUUGUUCCUCAGGUGCAAGAUUUCUUACGAAAAGAAGGCUUGCCGAUAAAAGCUGUUUUACUACUCGACAACGCACCAUGUCAUCCUUCGGAGGCCUUAUUAAAAACAGAUGAUGGCUCUAUAUUCACAAUGUACAUGCCACCAAACGUGACACCGUUGAUUCAGCCAAUGGAUCAAAAUGCAAUUCGUGUUACAAAGCUGUAUUAUAGAAAAAGUCUCUUACGAUUAGCUGUUGGAAAAAAAGAUGUUUUGAAUUUCUUGAAGUCGUUAACUAUAAAGGACGCAGUUUCUUUAUUCGCAAUAGCAUGGAGUCAGUUAAAACCAGAUGUUAUAGAAAAAUGUUGGCGCAAUAUUUUACCACAGAUUUGUAUGUAUGACAUAGAAACACAAAGUUCAGAUGAAGAGGAAGAUACCCCUCUUAAUUUACUAAGAGACAAGUUUAGGCAGCAGCAAUUGGAAGAAAUAAAUGAAUUGCAAAACUUACUACAAAUUAUUAUCCCAGAGGCAACGCCGACUGUUACGGAUAUCAACACAUGGAACGCAAUUGAUGAUACAGUAGAGCUAAAUGAAAGUGAAUUAGAGCUAAUAACAUCUGAUGAAGAUGAAAUUGACGAACCUGAGAAUCAAACCAAAAUAACUGCGUCAGAAGCAAUUCAGAUUUUUGAUAAGGGGAUAGAGUGGGCUGAAGAAAAUACGUCUGACUAUUCAGAUAUCCUUGUUUUAAAAAAAAUGCGUGAAAGAGCUGUGCUGAAGGUGCUGGCAAAUAAAAAAAAACAGACAUUAUACGGAAACUGUUGUCAAAGUGUAUUUUUCUUGACGGGUAAAAUAUUGGAUUGUGUGAACAACCUGGUUUGCAUGGACAGUCUGUGCAAUAAUUAG